AUGCGCACUUCCCGGUCGAGCUGCGUUGCUCAGCAGCCAGCAAUCCAAGCCUUCGCUCGAGCAACCAAGGCAGGCAUCACGCCGCAACUGCCUGCUAAGAAGACUACCCUUCCUACCAAGACAACAUCGCUUCCGGUCUCGCCUUCCAAGAAACGAAAACUGCAAGAACUCGAAAACUUCGACUCCGGCAACCCAAAAACAAUCGAGGAGGAAGGAACACCGUCGAAAACUUUGCGACUCGCUGAAUUGUCUGUCAACUCACCGCGCAGUGGCCAUUAUGCUUCACCCAAGAGAACCCCGAGCCGACGGGCUCGUGCCCCUGCCCAGACUGCUCCCUCGACACCUGGAACCCCUUCAAAGCAGAGAACUCUGAACUUUGACAAGAUUAUUGCAGUUCACGAAGAGACCCCCAUUAUUGAGCGACCAGCAUUCUUCAAUGAUAUCCUCAAUCUUCACUCGUCAUUCGUACAAGCUUUCUCCAUUCACAUGGCACACAAUGGCGCAAAUACCCCUGCAGACCUCCGAGAGUUCCUUGGUAGCGUUACCCGUCUCUGGAACAAGCGCAAGGUGCAGACGAAGGACUUGCAGCGUCUAUUUUGGGUAUGGGACCAGAGCACGAAGGCAACAUGUGUUUCUUAUCGCUUGGCCAAUUACGGCCUUGGCAAGAUUUGCGUCGAACGCACUGUACAUAUUAAUGUUCAACCUCCGGCCUUGCAAGACUCGUUCGAGGAAGCCCUGGAUCUACUGUGGGAAAAGGCGCCAGACUCUCUUCGUAACUCCAGUGAAGAAGAUCAAUCAUUCCUUUUCACUGAGUCGUUCGGUCUUGCCACUAUCCAUGAGUCUCUCACCCCCUUUGCGACUUUUAAAAAGGGCCAGCAGCGACUCCAAGAUCUCAAGGGUGGUCUGUUACGCCUUAAUGCCGAGAGACAACAGGCCAAGUCAGCAGAGAUAACCCCCCUCCAGCGGAAGGCAACGACCAGCCGCCGACAGGGACUGCUAGAUCGCAUCAAGAGCAAGGAGCUUCGCCAAUCCAAGCUGCCUCCUCCACCUUCCAAAAAUGAGCUCUUACGCCACGCAGCUGCCGAUCGCGUCGAAGAGGUUGCUGGUAUUCUCGCCAUGUUGCGUCCCGCUGGAACAGUGGGCCACGGUAUCAAGGCAAUGUUCGCUGCUCAGCGCAAGCCCUUCAAGCUCGAUGUGAUGGUGCAGCAUAUUCGCGACUCCCUCCGCAGCGAGAUUGCCCUCGAUGAGGUGGAGAUGUGUCUUGAUAUUCUGUGCGAACCCAGUGUGGCUGGAAACUGGAUCAGUAUUGUCACUGUUGGACAGAUGAAGUCGGUUGUGUUGAAGUCUUGCAGAGACGUCUCUGCCAAAGAUAUCGGCGCCCGAGUUACCCAGCUGAAGGCUGGCUGGGAUAAGUCUGCUACCUGUGUACAGACUUCUGCUGUGAAUGUUUGA